GAACCAUCGAAGUUCAGGCUGGACCGCGGACCCUUCUUUUCCCAGCUGGACUACCAAUCUCGGCUGCAGUUCCAAGCACCCGCUCUAAGGUUGCCCCUCAGUGGCAUAAUAUGCACCAUUGGACCCUCAUCCAACUGUCCUGAAGUUCUCCUGGAAAUGAUCCAUGCCGGGAUGCGGGUGGUGCGUAUUAACUUCUCCCACGGCACCCACGAAUACCAUUGCAAGACGAUCCAGGCGGCGCGCAAGGCCAUCUCCAUGUACGUGGAGCAAACGGGUCUGCCCAGGACCGUGGCCAUUGCCCUGGACACCAAGGGUCCGGAGAUCCGGACAGGAAAGUUAGCCGGUGGCAGUGACACCGCCGAGAUCGAACUCAAGGCCGGCGACAAGAUCACGCUGAGCACAAAGAAGGAGCUGGAGGCGAACUGCACCAAGGAGAAGAUCUACGUGGACUAUCAGCGAUUACCUUCCGUUGUGAAGCCUGGAAACCUCAUCUUUGUCGACGACGGCUUAAUUGCCCUAAUGGUAAAGGAAUCCACGGCCGAUGAGGUGAUCUGCCAGGUGGAGAACGGUGGUAAACUGGGCUCCCGCAAGGGAAUCAAUCUACCUGGCAUUCCGGUAGAUCUUCCCGCCGUAACCGAGCAGGAUAAGCGGGACCUCAAAUUCGGUGCGGAGCAGCAGGUGGACAUGAUCUUUGCGUCGUUCAUCCGCGAUGCCAAGGCUCUGACCGAAAUGCGCCAAGCACUGGGACCGAAGAGUGAACACAUAAAGAUCAUCGCCAAGAUCGAGAACCAUCAGGGUCUGGCCCACAUAGACGAAAUUAUCCGCGAGUUCGAUGGCAUAAUGGUGGCUCGCGGCGAUAUGGGCAUCGAGAUUCCAACGGAGGAUGUGCCGCUGGCCCAGAAGUCGAUCGUGGCCAAGUGCAACAAAGUGGGCAAGCCGGUGAUCUGUGCCACCCAGAUGAUGGACUCGAUGAUGACCAAGCCGCGACCCACACGUGCCGAGGCCACGGAUGUGGCCAAUGCGAUCUUCGAUGGAUGCGAUGCCGUAAUGCUGUCCGGCGAAACGGCCAAGGGCAAGUAUCCGGUGGAAUGUGUGCAGUGCAUGGCCAGGAUCUGUGCCAAGGUCGAGGCGGUUCUAUGGUACGAGUGUCUGCGGAACAGCCUCAAAAGGGAGAUCAGAACCAGUGCCGCCGAUCACAUUUCGGCGGUGACCACAGCAAUCGCAGAGGCUGCCACGGUGGGCCAGGCCCGGGCAAUAGUGGUGGCCAGUCCGUGCUCCAUGGUGGCCCAGAUGGUCAGUCACAUGCGGCCACCAUGCCCCAUCGUAAUGCUCACUGGCUGUCAGUCCCAGGCGGCCCAUUCCCUGAUCUUUCGAGGCGUGUACCCACUGCUCGUCGAGGAAAUGGUCCACGGUAGCUUUAACUUUCGAUGCAUCAUUCAGUCGGGCUUAAAGCUAAUAGCCAAGUUGAACAUUCUCGAGCCAGGGCAAAUGGGAUCGAUGGUGCUGGUUAAUGCCAUGUCGGCGGACCAGAUCACCUUCCGCCUGUUCCACAUCCGACAACAGACUACAGCCGAGCAGGAUCAGGAGGAGCACUGUCGGAAAUUAGCCCUCGAACAGCGGUGCAAAGAGAUGGCUCUAAAGAAGAAAUGCCAAAAGCUGAAACCGGAGCAAGAUUGCCAAAGAAAGCGCGAGGAGGAGGAGUGUAGUCAGAAAAGACUGACAGAAAAUUGUGCAACAUCCGAAGAAAAUUUAAAUGUCUGCCCGAAGAAGGAAUGUCCGCAGAAGGACGAUUACACAUCGAAAUGCAAACAGUUGAAAAAAGAAAGACAAGCGCAAGCGGAAGCUGAGAAAAAACGGAAAGAAGAAUCUGAAAAAUCCUGUGAAGCGAAACCUGUAAGCUGCAAAUUAGUAAAAAUCGACGAAUGCGAGGAGCAGUCUGAAAAGAUGUCAUACAAGGUUGAAGCUAUUCCCGGUUCCCAUGCCGGUCUGGGCGAGGGACCCCACUGGGAUGUGGACACCCAGAGUCUGUACUACGUGGACCUCGAUUCUGCCGGCAUUAAUCGCUACGAUUUCAAGCAGAACAAGGUGUACAAAGCGAAAAUCGAGGGCGAGACCUUCGCUUCCUUUAUCCUGCCGAUUGACAAAAAACCGCAGGAGUUUGCUGUUGGUUGCGCUCGUCGCGUUUCCAUUGUCAAGUGGGAUGGAGUCUCAGCAGUGGCCAAGGUCGUGCGCACCCUAUUCGAGGUUGAAUCGGAUCUGAAGGACAACCGAAUUAAUGAUGCCAAAACCGACCCGAACGGACGUUUUUACGGUGGCACCAUGAGCGGCGAAGGCGACAUCUUCAAGAGUGGUCUGGGUAAUCUUUACAGCUGGCAGGCCGGCGGUCAGCCAAAGCGCCUUAGGGAAAAGGUGGGCAUCUCCAAUGGCCUGGCCUGGGAUACCAAGGCCAAGAAGUUCUACUACGUCGACACAAACAACUUCGAGGUGGUGGCCUAUGACUACAAUCAGAGCACCGGAGACGUAAGCAAUCCAAAGGUCAUCUUCGAUCUGAGGAAAAUCCGUCCAGAGGGUCCAUUGUACCCCGAUGGCAUGACCGUGGAUACGGAGGGAAACAUCUAUGUGGCCACCUUCCACGGAGGUUCCGUAUUCAAGGUCAAUCCAAGCACCGGCAAAAUACUUCUGGAAAUUAAAAUUCCCACCACUCAAAUCACUUCGGUCGCCUUUGGAGGUCCCAACUUGGAUAUUCUGUAUGUGACAACAGCCCAAAAGUUCGACGUGCCAGACCCUGCUGGUACCACCUACCAGGUCACUGGUCUGAAUGCCAAGGGUUACCCCGGCGUCAACUUGAAGAUCUAAGUCAAAGACUACCUGUAUAAAAGAGUUUAAUUAAAUAAGCAAGAGUGUACUUGUAAGAAGUGAUA